AUUUAGAACAGACUGUUAAAAAAAAACCCCAGCAAUUAUUGCGGUUUUGAGAGUAUCUGAUUUUUAGAGGACUUGUUCAUUUUCCUUCACUAACUGGGUAUGAUUUCUCUCCAGUGAAAAAUAUUGUAUUUAGUUGCAACCCUAUGACCAUGUCAGUAUUAUAUUAGUUACUGAUCAAGUAGGAAGUACUACAUGGCCACUUUUGACUUUAUUGGGUCUCUUCAAGGGAUAAGUAAGUAUCCCCCAUGCUACAUAGUCUUUAGUUCUUUAAAGUCCAUUAUGGAGGAUGCCUCCAUCUGGAAACACUCAAUAAGGACAAAACCAGUUGUGUAGUGCCUCCUACUGGUCACCAGCAAAUACACGUAAGCCAUAUAAGACCCCUUUGAAAGGAAGCAAUUUUGAGGCCUCUAGCAUGAGGCCUAGACUAAUAUCACAACUAAUUUGAGCAUAUGUGUAUAUGAGGCAUAUGUGUAACUUCUAUAAAUAAGAAUUCUCUAGCUAUGGUUUUUACAGUGAAAUUGGCUAUGUAGUAGAUGGAGAACAUGGAGGCUGGAUGUUAUCUAUUGAAUAACAAAUGUGCUAACUUGCCCUAAAUUGGAUUUGUCUAAAACCUGUGAAUUGAUAUAUUGCUCUUUCUAUAUCAGCAGGAGUUUGAUACAGCUAAAUUCUGUGGAUUGAAUAGGACAAAGAUGUUUAUGUUUGCUGGUUCCUUCUGUCUUUGCCUUUGCUUGUAUCCUUCCUCUUCAUCUGCUUCAAAGAUCUGAGAGACACUCUUCUGCCUAUCCCAGAAGGUCUCAGAUGAGCACAAUGAUUUUAACACAUUACAAUAGCCAAUUCAUUAGAUUUUUAUAACUAUUUUCAUAUGUACCAACCCAUUCUCCUUCCUCAUGUCCCAUUUUAAUUUAAAUCUGUUAACCAUUCCAUAUAUGUGUUAAAGUGAGCUACAAUUCCUGAAAGUUUAUAUGUUUUAAUAAAAUUGUUAGUCUAAAAAAUGCUACCAAACUCUAAUUUCCUGGAACAGUUAAGAAAAUAGUACUUAACUGCUUCUCUCUUCCUUCCUCUAAUUGGGAUGUUGUAAGCACAGCACCAGUCAUGAGCCCUCCUAUUACUGAAAUACACACCUGGAAUGCAUUUCCUUUUGUUUAAUGCAGUUUUGCCAUUUAAAACUAGUACUUAGAACAAUCCAGUAAGACUUGUCUGGUUCAUCUUAAAGUGACCUGGAGUUACAAUAUUUAAAAUUCUGUGGCUGAUCUUGAAUCAUAUUUGAAAUUUUCUGGACUAUUUUAUUUUUUAUAAAAUAAGACUGGUAAAUGACUAGCUGCUAUAAAAAUGUUGAGACACGGUACAUGACUAUUAACUCUUUUACAGAGACUUUUUUAGGAUUGCUUCUUUUGCAUUCAGAUGUACAUUAAUAGUGUAGAAAUAAAUGGGUUCUAAAAUAGGAAAUUGCUCAGAUACUCUCAUGGAUCAGUUUGCAAAUAAGCCUACAAUUUUUUCUACUACUUAGUAUUGCCACAGUUUUUUGAAAUUGACAUUGUAAGGAAAGAAAUAUUGUUUUAAGAUGCACCAUUAAAAGGAUUAUAACUUCUUUCUGUUGCAUACCAUGUCCUUUGUGAGCAGAAAGGAAGAUUGGAUUGUUCAGGUAGAUGUAUGUAUGUACUCUUGUUUAUUGAUAAGAGCUUAAUUUAUCUUCUAUUUUAGUUUUGAUUUUGCUGUGGCCAAAAUAGUCAAAAGUAGGACAAUAGGGCACAACUUUGAUUAUAUUUGAAUUCAGGCUGUGAGAAGAGUAGCAACAUUAAUAACAUUCAAAGUAAUUAUAUUGGCUGUUUUAGGUCUGGUUUGAUAUUGAAUUUGCUAGCUUACAGGUGUGCAGAAAUGAAACAAUAUAUAGUACUUUGAUUCAUUCUCCUCUAUCAAUCUAAUUGGCUUGUAUUGGAUUUUUUUAAAAAAUGCAAUAUGUUUUUGAUAAUGAAAUCUAAGAUCCUAAGGAUUUAAGAUAUAUAGAUAUCUAAUAUAUAGGUAUGCUUCCAGUAUUGGUAAGGAUGUAUUUUUAGCUAACCAUCCCAUGAUCUAAGUUAUAUUUUUCAAUGUUUUAAUAUUCCAAAAUCAAUCCAUAUGUAUAAUAAUAGUAGAAAACCAGAGAUUGACAGAACAGGUUCUCACACAAAAUAAUAUUGAAUACUUGAUUAAAUACAGAGAUACAUUAUAUGCAUUAAAAUAAGAUAAAGUUCUAUUUGCCUGCAAGACUUAUGUUUACUUCUAGGCCAUGUGUCUAAAUAAUUGUUUCUAAACCAGUGUUUAAUGAAUUGCAUAUUCUUUAUAUUCCACAGUCAGUUUUCGGGGGGACAAUAUGAAUUGUAAAAUAAGUGCACACAAAAUGGAAUCAAAGCCAUCAAGAAUCCCACGGAGGUUAUCUGUUCAGCCAUCUGGUUCUCGAAGUGCUAGGAUAGGAGCUGGAAGUGGUGGAACAAGUUUAACUGAUUCAUACCGUACGAGAGAGUCUUCAGUAAGACUUGAUUCUGGACGCCAGGAAUCUGGCAGGUUGCAUAGUUCCAAUAGAAACUGGUCUGUUGAAGAACGAGAAGCAUAUGAAAGUUCAUGGAAGCUUCCAGCUUCUUCUCCAACUCACUACUCAGGAACACUUGAUCGUCCCUGGUCUGGAAGAUUUUUGGGAAGCAGAAAUAGAUUGGUUACAUCAUCAUCAUCAUCAUCACUUCCUGCACCAUCUUGGUUGAGUGAAUCUGAAAGAACUCAGGGAGCAUAUUCUUCAAGACUGCAUAGCCAACAACAAGAUAUUGAUUCAAAAAGACCUAAACUUUCUUAUACAUCUACCUCUAGUAUGAGAAGUAGUGGUUUAAGCACAGUUUCAGAUUCCCAAUGGAGGUACAGUGAUGUGCCCAGAUCUUCAUCUAUGGUACUUGGAUCAUUAACAACUGAACUUGUGAGAGAGAGAAGAGAGCUAGAAAGGACAGAGCCAUCUGUUAGUUUUGUGGAUUGUAGUCAAAGGAAUGGUGAUUUCCCUCCAUCAGCAUAUUUGCAGGAAAGACCUGCUUCUUCAUAUGCACAGGGAGCUAGACCAAAGGAAAACUCAUUGAGUUCUUUAAGGCUGAACACAUCCAUGAACCGCCAGUUGCCUUCUGAACAUGAAUCUUCAUUUCUCUCUAGAGAGCAUAGCUGGAAUUCAAGAUCUAACUAUGUCCCAAGAGAAGUAGAGACUUCUGAAAGGAAUAUACAGCCAGAGUUUACCCAAGAUACCAUGAGAAGUGGGACCAGAACCUCAAACCUUUCUGAAGGAGUUUUGCCAACCCAAAGGUCAUUAAGUGAGCCUUCUGCUGAUACUGAAGGAAGGCGUUCAACAAGGCAGUUACUAUCUCGCUUGGCAUCUAGUAUGUCCUCCACCUUUUUCCCAAGAAGGUCUGGCCAAGACUCUUUGUCGUCUUCAAGAUCAUUAGGUUCUAGAGAUAUAAGUGCUCUAAGAGCUCAAGCUCCUGCCCAGGCAACUUCUUCUAACCCACUUAUAACUUCUGAAGGUACAGAAGCUCAAACACCUGAUCCUGGUCCUCAGGGAUUUAGCUUCCUUAGAAGACGCUGGGGUUUGGCAGGUAUUUCACCAAAUCCAAGUGCUGAGACAGAACCUGGAAAUUACAGACAUAAUUCUGAAAGUAGAAAUGCAGGUUCCUGGCUGUCAUCAUCUUUGAGGAACAGAUGUACACCUUUGUUUUCAAGAAGGAGAAGAGAAGGAAGAGAUGAAACUGCAAGAACUUCUACCUCUGAAACAUCUGCUAGGUCACUGCAUCUUUUUAGGAGAAGAGAAUCUGCUGGGGAUGGACCUCUUGAGACACAAAGGGAGUCCCUCAGGCCGAGGCCAUCGAUACCUGCAGUACCCAGUGGUACUGUAUCUGUUCCUUCAGGGUCAGAGUCAGUGCCUCCUAGAAGAAAUUCAGGACUAUCAGGAAUGUUUCCCGGCUCUCUUUUUCGGUUUGCAAUGCCGCCAACUUUGGAAAAUAACUUGUCCGACAAUGUUAUGAUAACUGUAGAUAUUAUUCCAUCGAAUUGGAGUCAGUCUAAUGAACAAGAUAGUGACAAAUCUAAAAUAUCUUCAAGAGAUCCAGAAAAGCUUCAGAAAAUUAAAGAGAGUCUUCUUUCAGAAGAAGAGGAAGAAGAGGAAGAAGACAUAUGUAGGAUUUGUCAAAUGUCCUCUACAUCUGUCACUAAUCUCUUAAUCGAGCCAUGUAAAUGUGCUGGAAGUCUGCAGUAUGUUCACCAGGAGUGUAUGAAAAAAUGGCUACAAUCCAAGAUUAACUCGGGUUCUUCAUUGGAAGAUGUAACUACCUGUGAAUUGUGUAAAGAGAAGCUUCAGCUCAAUCUUGACAAUUUUGAUAUCCAUGAACUCCAUAGAGCACAUGCAAAUGAACAAGCAGACUAUGAAUUUAUCAGUUCUGGGCUUUACCUUGUAGUAUUGUUACAUUUGUGUGAACAACGCUUUUCAGAUAUGCUGGGAACUACAAGUGAGGCCAACACACGUAUCCGGUUUAUUAAUCUUGCAAGAACUCUUCAGGCACACAUGGAUGAUAUUGAAACAGCUUCAGAUGAUGAUGAUUCUGAAGAUGGUGAUCUCGAUAGGACCCUUGAUGCUGCAUAGAUGGAGUGAAAGGGCUGAAUGCUCAGCUGACACAAGUAUCACCAGUGCACAUUUAUUUAGUAAACCAUGAUGAAUUCUAUUAGAUUUCUGAAGAACUGCUGAGUCAAGCAGAAAAUCUGCUGUUGCACACUGGUAUCCAUAGAUACUGGAUAUUGCUCAUUCAGUCUGCAAGAGUAUCUUUCUUCUUUCAGAGUAUGACGAUGUAUGCCUUCUUCUCAAGGGUAUGAUUUUUAUCUGUAAGGAAGAGUUCUUUUUGUAUAAACUUCUUACAGAAAUCGGUUAUAAAUUCUGGGAAAUGUUUCUCAUGUUUUGCUCUUCUGCCGGCACUAAGUGGAACUGUUAAAUGAGUUUGCAAGUUCAAGUCGCGGGGAGGGGAUAAUUCUUUGUUAACUUACCACUUAAAAAUAUAUAUUGGGAAGUCUCAUCAUUUUGGUUCCAGUGUGAACAACCUAGAUUGAAUGAGGGAGUGAAUGGGUUCUGUAAUUAGUGUUAAGUUUCUCUACGUUUUUCUGGAGGAGUGUUUAACUCAAAGCAAUAAACUUGCAAGGGGCUACUAAUAAGUGUUAAUUAAGGCUUUUAUAAGUAUUGAUUUCAAAACUGCGGAUUAUAUUUGAUAAUAUUAUGUACAAAUUCCAAUGAGGAAUUACAGCAGUAAACACAAACAUUUCAGCAUUUCUGGAAGGAAUAAAACUUAUGGUUUAGAAUCUUAACCAAGCUAUUUAUCUGAAUGAACAUUUUUUAGAACCCACAUUCACUGAUAAGGCACUGGUUAUCAAUGUGUUUUCUAGUGUUGUCACUUGUUUGUUAAAUAAAAAUUGCAAUCCUAUGG